CCAUUCUGGGACACGGCAGCACAUUUCGUCCUGCCCACAAGUUUAUUUCGACUCAAUGUCCGUGUGAGGAUAACUACUAAGCAUGACCAAGCGCCCACUCUUCUUGGUUCUUGCGUUAUUGAGCCGGUGCCUCACGGAUGCUUUUCCACAGCCCGGCCUCGGCUGCAGGGAAGACCUGGAGUAUGCGAGCGGCAACGUCUGCUGUUUAAAAUGUCGAGCUGGUACACGUAUGACAUCAACCUGCACUAGAGAAGGAGAGCAGGGGAAGUGUGAGGAAUGCGACGAUGGGACAUUUACAGAGCACGCCAACGACCAUAAGUACUGCUUCAAGUGCACGCAGUGUCACUCAGAUCAGGAAAUCGCAAGUCCUUGUACUCACACUCAGGAUGCUGAAUGUCGGUGCAAACCGGGACGGUUCUGUGCCCCUGAACAAGCAUGCGAGGUGUGCAGCAAGUGCUCAAGGUGUAAGACGGAUGAAGAGCUCGUGAGGAACUGCACCUCCACCACCAACACGGAAUGCAAGAAAACGCAGCCCACCGCUGGCUCUGCCUCAGCCUCAGCAAUUGUCUGGCUGAUUCCUGGAGUCCUGGUCGCUGUUCUGGUAAUUGGCGGGAUACUAAUAUUUGCUGUGUGGAGAUAUCGAAGGGCAACCGACACUCGGAGAAGUUCCCCCGACAGGCGGGAAGCUGGGAAGCAUGACCCCUGUCCCACCGAUGACCGGAGCGGCGCGGAGACGCAGAGGCUGAGCUGUUUGAAUGCGCCCUGGCUACUGGUGAGAGCCAAAUCCUCGGCCGGCGCGCUGGACGAGUGCAAAGCGCUGCACGAGAGCCUCAGCAGCUCCGCCAGUAACUCCCAGCACAGCCUAACCGGCUUCCCCUCCUCCGCCUUCCCCGCACCUCCCCCCCGAGCCGUCCCCACGGCCCCCGUGCAGCCCGGCAGGAGGGAGGAUGUGGCCUUCCCCACACUUGUUGCUGUGAAUGGUGAAGAGUCUCUGAGGAAAUGCUUUGAGUAUUUUGAGGAAAUAGACUUGAACCAGCAGAACAGAUUCUUCCGUCACCUCGGGAUCGCCGACAACGUGAUCAAAAGCAAAGAUCACCUCCUCUAUGAAGACAAGAUCCAUGAUUUGCUUACAAUUUGGGUGGAGAGAGUGGGCCGGGAGGCCACCCUGAACGACCUGCUGAGUGCACUGCUCGAUUUGAACCAGAGGCGAACCGCGGAGGCCGUGAAGGAGAAAGCCCUCGCUGAUCGUCAUUACUACGUUGAGUGUUAACGAGAAGGGGGGGGAAACCCUCAGAAAGCACGUUGCUGACGGCCACUGCGCCAUGCCACAAUGGCUGGUGCAGCGUCGUAUGUGACUGUUGCCCAAACUGCGUCUCACCACCGUGACCCUCAGUGGCAUCCGCUGCUUGUGGGAGAAACCUUGUGCAUCCUUAACCGAUCGCACUGCGUUCCCAACUCAGUGUUCUUUUGGUGAGUAGUCCACCUAUUCAACCAACAGUUUGCUCGUACACUUGCACAUUCCAUAGCUGAAGUCCCAAACUUCACUUGGCCCAUGUUGCCGUGUAGAGCUCUGCUGUGGAAGUACACAGGCUCUUCAGUCGAACCCUGUCUGAUUCUCCUGGUGCACCUUCCACACUCCGAAACCACAGCGUCUAAAUGAGGCUGACUGACUGAAGUUUAUUUAUAAGCCAGUCUUUGGUGACAAAAAUAGUGUUUGCAGUCUAAUUCAGACACGAGCUCUAUUGAGCCCAGAUCUUAAUACUGGUCUGAUGUUUCAAAUAGUCCAUCAGACCUUAUUUAUGAUUUUGUUCCUUUUUUAAGAUGUUUUAUUUAUUCACUAAAAAAAAUAACUCUGUCCUCAGGAAUGAAUGUCGUUAAUGGCCGCUGUAUUCAAGCGGCUAUGAACAAAAAGCCUAAAGAUCAAUGAAAUAACUCAAGUUCUGAAGGUGGAUAAUGGCUUUACAGCCUAUCUAUUGUGUAUGUUGAUUGAAAGUGUUGGUCAAGAUUUAGUUUGACUUGGUUUACUUGCUCGAAGCACCUGAUCAAUAUUGAUCUGACUAUGAUUAUCUAGGGUUACGCUUCUGCCUUAGUUCUGAUCACAACAUUGACUUCAAAAAGGUCAACAACCACAAGGUUCUACGGGGGGGGGGGGGUUGUGACACACUGCCAAAAAAAAGUGCCUUUCCAAAGUUCCUCGUCUGCCAUUUUAUAGAGAAGUUAGUCACAAUGUUACAUGUUCCCUCUCACUCAGGUUAUAUUUACAUCAUUGUGUUUUUUUAUUUUUAUUACAACUUUAUCACUUUACAAAAUGGGAAAAGUUGAACAGUUUGAAUGUGUUUAGAUAAUAAUGAACACUUCGUCAUUCUCCUUUUUUUCCAUUUUGGCUGAACUUUUUGUUGUCAUAUUCUUCCAACAUGGUGGAAGUGGUUUGGUUUUGUGGGGAAUUGACCCUUCGCUAAUUCCAGCCAAUCGCAGCAUGAGUAGCAUCGGCCAGCUCCCACCAGGGUCUGAUUAUUGUGAAUUGUGGUGAGCCGCUGUGUAAUAGAGAUGCUCAAUACCUGAAGUUCUAAGGAGAUAUAAUCUUUCUUUUUUUUAAGUGUAGUUUGUUCCUCAAUACCUGUGUAGCUAACAUUAGCACAUGCACUUCUUUGCUACAUAUGGUGCUGACGGUAAACUGAUGUCUGCACAUGAUGCUCUUGCUUUUAAUGAUUGUAACAGUGAAUAAAGACCUACCUGACUCUA